CUGGGCAGCCUCCCACGGCAGUGCCCUCCCCCUCUGUGGCUGCGUUCCUUCGGAAGAACGGAACGUUCUUGUUCCCUUGUAUCGGUGUUUUGGAGAGCCAAAUCACCGAAGUGGAUGUUUAAAAACAUUGGUUGUUUUCAAAUGUUGGCUACUGAGAACUAGCCAUGCUUGCUGAGCGCUCCCUGAAAAAAAUGGGAUAAAGCAGAGGACAUCUGACAGCUGGAGCAGCUCAGUACCUUCUCUGUCGUAAACGCAAGAGGAGGCCUAUGUUUCCAAAACAUCCUUUUUUUCUUUUGUCAAACCCAAAAUGCUCCAAGAGGAGCAGAGUGCAGUCAGACACUUCCAGGUGAGGUCACUUUUCCUUCUUGGAUUCUGGGCUGCAAACAAUGUGUAGGGCCCCUUGGCUGCUUUGGAGUUCCCAGGAAUUCAGUUCAUUGUAAAGUAAGAUGUUAAACAAGUUUCUCAGUAAAGACCUAGGUAACUUCUCUUUGGAUACUGUUUUUCCAGAUGAUUGACAAAAGCUGGGAGAAGGUUUCCAUGUGUGCAUAGACAGAGUGGAACAGGAUUAUCUUCUCCAAACUGGUGCUUGUAAAAAGACAGAAAGAUGUGUGUGGUCUGCAGUAAUGUUUGAGUUAUUCUACCCAGGAUUCAUUUCCCUGAUACUCAGGAGACCAGAGGCUGUGUGUACAGACAAUACACAGGAAGCGUGACUAUGAAGGGUUUCUGUGUUCUCUGCUGCUGCCUGUGGAAUCUCGAACCUCUGCUUUUGCCUUGAGAGCCUUCAAUGUGGAACUGGCUCAGGCAGCAUAGAUAGACCAAGUGUGUUAAAGACACUGAAUCUCACUCCGGAUGUGUCCUUUCCAGAUUAAAGACUCCAUAACUCAGAAGGCAACAGGUUUGAUGCGGAUGCAGUUCUGGAGGGACGCUGUGGAGGACAUAUACAGCGAUAACCCACCACAUCAGCCCGUUGCUGCAGAGCUGUGGAGGGCUGUCAAGAGGCAUAACUUGACUAAAAUGUGGUUCAUGAAGAUCAUAGAUGAAAGAGAGAAGAAUUUGGAUGAUCGUCCGUACCGUAACAUCCAGGAGCUGGAAACAUACGCUGAGAACACUCAGAGUGCUCUCUUGUACCUCACCUUGGAAACACUGGGUGUGAGGGACAUCCAUGCUGACCAUGCAGCCAGUCACAUUGGGAAAGCACAAGGCAUAGUUACCUGUUUAAGAGCAACUCCUUAUCACUGUACAAGACAGAAGGUCUUUCUUCCCAUGGACAUUUGUAUGUUGCAUGGAGUUUCACAAGAGGAUUUCAUAAGAGGCAAGCAAGAGAAAAAUGUAAGAGAUGUAAUUUAUGACAUCGCCAGCCAGGCCCAUAUUCAUCUAGAACAUGCUAGAUCUUUCAGUAAGAAAGUUCCUGUGAAGGCGUAUCCUGCUUUUUUCUGUACGGUUGCUUUAGAUGAUUAUUUAUAUAACAUGCGGAAAGUGGACUUCAAUAUAUUUCAUCCAAGCUUACAAAAGAAGAGUACAUUAUUACCAUUGUAUUUGUAUAUUAGAUCUUGGAAAAAAACAUAUUAAAGCUUGUUUAGUUAUUUUAAUAUGGA